AUGGCUUCACAAGACUAUAAAGAUGGGGGGAGCACCAGGCUUGCCCCGGUUGCAACAACAACUACAGAUGUCAUCUCUUCCACUGGAGAUAUUGAACUACCUGCAGUUGUAACUGUUAUUCCAGACUUGACAGGUCUUAAGUCACUAUCUUCGUUGAAAGAGACAGAAGAAGUCAUCCCAGCAGAAGAGCAAGAUCAAAUGUUCCGUGCGUUGAAGGACGUCCUCUCCAAGACCGAAAGGGAUGAGGACGUCUUUGACGUCCAGGAGCUCCGUGAUGCUCUCGAGUCAGCUGAUACAGCCGCCAAAGGAGGGAGGCGUGGCCCUCAGCUUCUAGGAGAUGUGGCCACGAUCCUUCAGAAGCUCUGGCAGAGUGAGUCUAGGUAUAUGGUUGAAGCGGCUGAAGCAUUGGCCAAUGCCAGUCGAGAUCCCUCCUGGAGAAUCCCCUUUGGUCAGUCAGGGGUGCUGCAGUUCUUUUUGCAGUUAAUUGCCACGCCAGAUGUGGACAAGGAUUUGCUCUUUCAUUCAAUGCGGCUAAUAGGGAAUUCCUGCGCUGAUACCGACGAGAACAGAGAGAUCGUCGUAUCCAGUAGCUACACUCGAGCAAUCAUGCGUCUGACACUCAAUCCUGAUCUGGUUCAUGUGGCCGUACCAGUGAUUUAUAAUAUAUGCACAGAUUUUGAACCUGCUCAAGCUCAAGUUGCCGCGAACAAACUUGGAUAUAUUUUGCUCAAGCAGAUAAACGAUGGAGCUAUCAACGGCAAUGCUCUACUCAAUUUUACGUAUGAGUUGGUGGAAAUGGUAGCAGGUCAAGCCGAGGGCAUCGAGAACUCUCCUGACGGUACAAUCGUGCUCAUGAUGAACAUAGCUCUCAAAGAAGACACGACUUUCGCACAGUACACAUGUCUCGUUACCUGUCUUGCACAGUACCUGCAAACAGAGAGAUUCCAAAUUGCAAACAUACGACACAAACUGGUCGAACACAUCAUAUCAGUUCUUGAGCGAUCCUUCACCAUCGAAGUCGAUGAAUCCGUAUCUGAAGAUGUCCAACUCUUAAACCAAUUACGUCUGAAACUCAACCAGACUUUAGGCGACAUCUCCGCACUGCCUACGUUCCUCGAAACGUAUCCUAUAGGAUCACCGUUAGUCAGCACUCUCCAGUCAUGGCUCACACGACAACAACAAGAAACAUUGCAAAUUUGCGCAUGCGUUGUCCUGGGCAAUAUAGCCCGAACCGACGAAAUCUGCCAAUUGAUGAUAGACCAACUCAACAUCCACCAAGCUUUAAUCCACAUCCUAAAGAACAGCACAAUCGGCGGCGUACUCCAUGCCUCGCUCGGAUUCCUCAAAAAUCUGUCCAUUGCAGAGUCAAACCGAGAGAAACUCGGAGACGCAGAUAUUAUCCCUGCAAUAUCUAAGAUAUGGACGUAUGACACAGUACCCCAGGUGCAAUUGGCGGCUACCAGCGUGACUCGUCUGGUUAUUGCGGCAAAUGUCAAGAAUAUUGCCCGACUGCUCACUUCUUUAUCCUCUGAUCCGGACUCGCCUGCUCAUUCACGCACGUACUUGUCCAUGCUACUUUCUCUAUGCAGCAGGACAGACACAGCACCAAUCAAGACUGAGAUUGGUCGUACCGUCUGCUCUAUCUGUCGGACCCUUUUGUCUCGCAAGAAAGCAGGCAAUGAUGUCGGCGAACAGACAUCGGCCCUUCUGGAUCGCUUAUUCGAUCUGCACGAAGACAUUGCUCGCCCCGUAGGCGCCAUGAUUACGCAGACCGAGUGGCCCGUUGUGCGUAGCGAGGGCUGGUUUGCGUUGGCUCUGAUGGCAUCUCAUGAUAAAGGCUGUCCUGCCGUGGUAGACUGCCUGAUUGACACAGAUAUAUAUACGCUGGUCGAGAAGAGUCUUGAUGUGGCGGGUGGCGAGUCUGCUGCUACGGGUGCAGUAGCUACGAAUGAGCAAUUGCAGAAGAAAGGCGAUAGGGAUAAUCUUGUGAUUAUGGUGAAGGAAUUGUUGAGUAGAGAUCCGGAGUCUUUACCAAAGGGCAAGAAGGAUAGGUUGACAGAGUUGAUGAAUCGCGCUGUAUCAUUACAGGCUAGGUAG